AUUGCAGUGCAGUGGCAGUAGCAGUUGCGGUUGCAAAUCGGAUUUCCCUUCAGCAACCGCUAGAGCCUCCUCACCCCGCCCUUCCCUCGUCUUCUCCACCCGCUGCCGCCUGCCAUGGGGAACUGCGCCAGCGCCAUCGACGCCUUCGUCCAGCGCGGCAACAGGGCGUCGCCGGCCGCUACUGCUGGAAUGUCCGCGUCGAGGAGGACUAGUAGCUCUGCCACCACGGGGAAGCUGUCAACGCUUAGCAGCGCCAGCACCUUCAUGCCAUCCACGGUUAGUGGCGGCGACGACGACGACGAUGACCCAGUGGGCCAGAUCCUCGAGUCCCCAAACCUCAAGAUAUACACCUUCGCGGAGCUCAAGAGCGCCACCAGGAACUUCAGGCCGGAGACGGUGCUCGGGGAGGGCGGGUUCGGCAAGGUGUACAAGGGCUGGGUCGAUGAGAAGACCAUGAACCCAUCCAAGGCUAGCACUGGCGUCAUGGUCGCCGUCAAGAAGCUCAAUCCUGAGAGUGUGCAGGGGAUGGAACAAUGGCAGUCUGAAGUCAAUUUCCUCGGGAGGAUUUCGCACCCCAAUCUCGUCAGACUCCUGGGCUACUCCAUGGACGACAACGAGCUACUGCUCGUGUACGAGUUCAUGGCGAAGGGGAGCUUGGAGAACCACCUGUUCCGAAGAGGGGCGGUCUACGAGCCGCUGCCCUGGAGCCUGAGGCUGAAGAUCCUCAUCGGUGCAGCUCGUGGCCUCGCGUUCCUUCAUUCGUCAGAGAGGCAGAUCAUCUACAGGGACUUCAAGGCUUCCAACAUCUUACUGGAUUCGCACUUCAACGCGAAGCUCUCGGAUUUCGGAUUGGCCAAGCAUGGUCCAGACGGCGGGGAGUCUCAUGUGACAACAAGAGUCAUGGGGACCUAUGGCUAUGCAGCUCCAGAGUACGUUUCUACCGGCCACCUGUACGUGAAGAGCGACGUGUACGGCUUCGGCGUCGUGCUGCUGGAGAUGAUCUCCGGCCUGAGGGCGCUGGACCCGAGCCGCGAGCGCGAGAAGGUGAACCUGGUGAACUGGGCGAGGCCGUUGCUGUCCGACCGGAGGAAGCUUAGCCAGCUGAUGGACGGCGGGCUGGAGGGGCAGUACAACCCCAAAGCCGCCCUCCUGGCCGCCCAGCUGACCCUCAGGUGCCUCAACGGCGACCCCAAGAGACGGCCGUCCAUGAAGGAGGUGGUGGAGGCGCUGGAGAAGAUCGAGUCGUCGGCGAAGGGCAGGAUGGCGAGGGAGCCCCGGAACAGCUCGCGCCGUGGCCUGGUGCAGUCCCCUAGGGGUGACAGCGCUAGGAACAACUCCAGCUCCAGGGGCAGGUAGACGCAUGGUCUAAUCUUGAGGAUGAUUCUGAUGCAUGUGUAAAGGUAGUAGAUGACCACGAUUCUUGUUGUCAUGACGAAGUUUACGCCGAUCAUGAUAAUCAAUGUAGCGAUGCUGCUCGAGCAUGACUUUGUAGCAUAUAUAUAUGCGUAAAUUCAACCAUUAUUCUUCCAUGGAAGUCUUGUCUGAGUUGAGCUAGAUUGCACUUACAAUACCAGCAAUGCCAUGAAGUGUUGUCUGAGUUGAGCUGCAUCAGGCUGUAUUAAGUACUAUAUUUAUAGAUUUCGUAUCAACAUUUUUUUUUGUUCUA